UCCUCUCCCCUCCCCCGCCGUUUUCUUUCUGUCUCUCUUUCACCCCCUGUCUCUUCCCCUCUCUCUCUCUUUCUUUCUUACACUUUUUUUGUGCUGUUUUGUCAUCGCCCACAGGCAUCUUACGGAUAUUUCAAACAUGGACUGUCUCGCGACCUACAGGAAUUAAUUGUGGUGAUAAUUUUUGUUGUUGCAAAGAAAGGUUAACUCUCUAUCGAAGAUUUCACUAACACCUGCUGGUGUGGACUGAGAUGGGACAUAAUUUCAAGUUUCUUUCUGUUGAAUUGAUAAUCACUUAAUCCCUGGACAGCUCAUAUAUAUAUAUAUAUAUUCUGUCAGAUAUUGUGUACUAUUGUGGAUAACAUAUGUAACAAAUACGUGAGAUAAAUUUAAUCAAUAAAACUUUUUUUAAAUACUCGGACUACAUACUCAGAAUGUGUAACUGACCUGUUCUCCAGAAGCACACACUGAAAAAGAGGCCAGUCCUACACACUGGAUAUCUGUUAAAGUGGACUAGCAUGCUAUUGUACAUGCCAGGGAGCUGCUGACAAGUGGACUUGUUAUUGUGGAAGACCAAGGAUAUCCUGAAUUUGUUUGAGUGUGAACUUAAAGGUUUGUGAAUUUCAUAAUUCUGUAUAUGAAUACAAAAGUCUUUCUGCUGGAUUACAAACUAGGACGCUGUGAACAUGUCUGAGUUGAUCAAAGCUGCAAACAGGAAGGCAACAUAUCUUGCAGUUUCGUAAAGCAACAAGAAGCAGCACUCCUAGCAGAAACACGUGCCUGGUUUGUUUUAUGAAUAAUGCCUAGCCAACGUAAAAAGAACUGGGAUCGAAGCACAUUCCUUGGCCGUAAGGGAAUGUUUAGUUUUCUCUUCACUUUGUGGCAAACUUAACUAGAUUAUGAAACAUGUGAUAGUUUUGUGAGAGAAGGUGGAUAAAUUGACGAGGAAAUGUGAACCAUUCUACCAAUGUAAACAUUUAGUUUACUUUUUCUGUGCGCUAUUUGGACUUGUAAUGAAAACAAAAACAAAAUGGUCAACUUCACGUUCAAUGUAUUGUCCAGCAACGCCUCUUUCUUCGGGUUGACCUCCACCGUGAACGGACUCGCUGGCGUGGAGUACUACAAUGAUUCUUUCGGCCUACAGCAUUACGGUAACAGCAGCUACAGCUCCGUGCGCCCUCUGCCUGUCAACGUUUCCACUGACGCCCGCGGUGGCGACAAUAACGGGAGUGGCAAUGCCAGCGUCCACGGACCACCAACUCUCUGGGGGUUGACGGUGUACAGCCAUGAGCACCUGGUGGUCACCAGCGUCAUCUUGGGGCUGUUCGUGCUGUGCUGCAUCAUCGGGAACUGUUUCGUCAUCGCCGCCGUCAUCCUGGAGCGAUCUUUGCACAACGUCGCCAAUUACCUUAUACUUUCCUUAGCAGUGGCGGAUCUAAUGGUGGCAGUUCUAGUUAUGCCUCUGAGUGUAGUAUCUGAAAUUAGUCAGGUUUGGUUUCUUCACUCUGAAGUGUGUGACAUGUGGAUAUCAGUGGAUGUUCUUUGCUGCACAGCAUCCAUUCUUCAUCUGGUGGCCAUUGCUAUGGACAGGUACUGGGCGGUGACCAGCAUUGACUACAUCCGCCGGCGCAGUGCACGUCGUAUCCUCCUGAUGAUCAUGGUGGUGUGGAUAGUGGCCCUCUUCAUCUCCAUCCCUCCCCUGUUUGGCUGGCGUGACCCAAACAACGACCCAGCCAUCACCGGCCAGUGCAUCAUCUCCCAGGACAAAGGCUACACAAUCUUCUCAACGGUCGGGGCUUUCUACCUGCCAAUGCUGGUCAUGAUGAUUAUAUAUAUCCGAAUAUGGCUGGUUGCCAGGUCCAGGAUAAGAAAAGACAAGUUCCAGAUGACCAAAGCCAGACUGAAGACCGAGGAGACAACUCUCGUGGCCUCGCCGAAAACCGAGUACAGCGUCGUCAGUGACUGCAACGGCUGCAACUCACCAGAGUCGACGGCGGAGAAGAAAAAGCGGCGCGCCCCUUUUAAGAGCUACGGCUGCUCGCCUCGCCCGGAGAGGAAGAAAAACCGGAACAAGAAACUUCCAGAACAGACUAACGGCGUCAGCAGCAGCAAUUCCAGCUGCUCGGAGAGGCUGAAACAGAUUCAGAUCGAGCCGGAAGGUUUCACGAACGGAUGCGCAGAAGAGGCCAGCAUCGCCAUGCUAGAGAGGCAGUGUAACAACGGGAAGAAAAUCAGCUCCAACGAGAGUGCGCCUUAUUCACGAACUCGCGAGAAGCUUGAGCUAAAGAGAGAGCGCAAAGCCGCAAGGACCCUCGCUAUCAUCACUGGAGCUUUCUUAGUCUGCUGGCUGCCCUUCUUCAUCAUAGCGCUAAUCGGCCCGUUCAUGGGCUGGAUACCGCCCUUUGUUCGUAGUUUUGUCCUCUGGCUCGGUUACUUCAACAGUCUGCUGAAUCCAAUCAUAUACACAAUAUUUAGCCCCGAGUUCCGAAUCGCAUUUCAGAAGAUUCUGUUUGGUAAAUAUAGGCGGGGCCACCGAUGAUAUUUACUCCUUUCAGUGUUUUUGUUCCUUUUUCAAAAUAAAUAAUUGUUUUUGUACAAAACAAACAAACAAACAAAAAACCUGCAAAUUAUACUAUUCUCAGACGAUGACUGCUUCAUCCAUCAAAAACACGAGUCUAGAGCUUCAACAGAUCGAAGCUCAAAGCAAGAAUCAUGUUUUCUUAGCUGCUUUGCAAAGACUGUUUCCUUCUACCAAAAAAAAAUGUGUUAAUUAAAUUAUCCGGUGAUGAGAGUCUGUCAAACGUUACGUUAACACAGAGAAUAGAAUUAAAACGAAAGAGAAGUGAAAAUCAAAUACUAGACUUUCGGCAGCCAGGUGCUGCAUCGUCACAACUGCCUAAUCCUCAAAGACCUAAUUUGAAAUUUUCAAGCACUUCUCUUUAUCAAAGCGUCUUUUUUUUUACUGGAGAGCUUUGUGAUCACUCAAAUCCUGCAUUGUAUAGUAAUGUAAAGUACGAAGAAGGAGCACCUUUGUUUUAGUGUGAUCUAGGGUAAAACUCAUUUCUUUAAUUUACUGCAAGCAAUAAGCUGAACCUGACUUUCACUAAAAGCAACAACUCGAAACAUAGAUGUAACAUUUUCCACUUGGGCUUUCUAAGCUGGUGUACAAUAAUUUGGUUAUGGUCUGGUUGUCAUGUUCGUUACUCAUCUAAUUGAUAACACGUUCAAUGAGGCGUGUCUUCAAUGAACUGAGUUAUUUUAAUUAAACUGUACUAAUGACCUGGUGGUAAUUGAUAGUAUGUGUCAACAAGAGCAGAAUUGUUCAUCUUUUGAGGAGUGUCUUCGUGUACGAUUGUGUUGAAAAGCAAAAAGAAUAAUGACAUAAUGUCCCCUCAACGUUGUUAUACUCAGUUCAUAUUAUCAGAUUUCCUUAUGUACAGGCUUUGGGGUUUUAUGUUUUUUGUUUUUUUUUUUUUAUUUCUUCGCUUUAACUAAGAAACACAAAUAGGCCCAAACAAAGCAAGUUAGCAAGAAACAAUCAAAUGAGCUGUGAAAAUGUCAAUCGGAAAAUGUGUUCAUGAAACAAUAUUGUGCUGUUCCCUAACAAGAGUACAUUCUAUGUUUAGAUGCUAACACUGCACAUAUGCAUAUGUACAUAAUAUAUAUAUAUAUAUAUAAAGUUGGUCAUGAAUUUAUUAUAUAUAUGUAAGUGUAUCUAUAUAAUAACACCACCACUGUGAGACUUUAGCGUAUGCCUUUCUAUCAACCAGCAGUACAAUGGAUCUGUUAUUGUUGUUAAACAUUCUUUUUAUUUUAUGUUGUGCUAUAUACAUGAUGUAUAUAUCAUAUAUAUAUCAUAUAUAUAUAUAUACAAAUGAGUAUGCUUUCAGCGUGAUUUUACAAGUUAAGUUUCUUUCUUUCAUACCAUACAUAGUGUCUUCAAACUCUUUUAGUCCCAUUAUAGUGACAGCUUCAACUAUCAGUAAAGGCGUCUUCCUCGUACAGAGCUUAACCCGUGGCCUAGAGAGACAAUGGGAGUGUUCAGAUGAAAUCGCUGGCAGUGACGUAGCAAGGGAUUAGGGGACACGGGGGGCUUGGCAUCUUUAGGGUCCCCUGCAUUUUGACAUUCGACAUCAUGACAUGAGAUAAUAUACUCAAUAACUAUUUGUCUAAUAUGUAGAAUACAUGCAACUUGGUAACUAAUUUACAUAACAACAUGAAUAGCAAGAUAACAUGACAUUGGCUUAAUUUAAUGUAAAAAACAAAAUGUGGACACUCUUUUGGGGUCCCCUUCGAGUGGGGGCUCAGGGGGAUUUUUAAAUUUGGACCCCCCCCCCAACUCCCCAACCCUAGCUAUGCCACUGAUCGCUGGUGUUGAUUGCAUCUCCUUGAGACGGGACAGAAUCUUUCGUUGUUAAAAAGACCAGUUAUUGAGUUCCGGAGCUGCCAAUUUUACCACAGUUGGUGCACUGAAGGAUUCUGCUUCUAGAUAAUCAGCCGCAACUUUCUUACUCCUUCGACUGAAAUUCACUCCCCCCCCCCCUAAAAAAAAGUCAACAGGAAGAUAAAUCUCGUACCCACUAAUAACAGAUCAUACUCUAGACCAGGUUUUCCUUAAUUGUGUUUUGCGGAACCCUAGUGUUGCAAGAGGCCAGAAUAGAUGUUCCACGAAAUACUGAAAUAAUGAAGUAAUAAUUAAAUAAUGAAGUAAUAAUUAAAUAAUGAAGCCUUCAAAUCAUCUGCCCUAUAGAUCACAAGGAAUGAAAGUGGAACUUUGGGCCACCACGUGAAUUAAUCUCUCAAAAAAAAAAAAAAAACAAUAAGCAAAGUGUUCAGCUUAAUACUCAGAAUGUGCGAAGUUUUCUGUUAUGGACAAAGUUUGGGAAACCACUGCUCUAGGCCAAUUAGCUCACCGUAUUCCUUUGAGGUUUGUAGGUUUAAUCUGGCAAGAGUUUCCCCUUCCUUUAUCCCCCAAAUUACUGAUUUGUCAAGUUUAAUAAUGUUCUAGCAGAUUCAACACAAAAUAAUUAUGAAUUACUCAAUAUGUCGCUGAAAUACGACAAAUCUUUCUUAAUUCCUCCACUUGUCCACACUGUCAGUCUUCUUGUUGAAGACUCCAUUAUGUAUCACGUUUUAAUAGCAGCACUGUCGAGUAUUGAGACCCUCAGACACUAUAUCAUGUUUAGAGUAGGCUAUAAAAGACACAGACACUACAUCAGACACUAAAGCAGGUUUAGAGUAAAAAUGGUUGUGGCUACUGUUGAUUAGCAAACAAAACGAUAUAUCAGCCCCUCUACUCCUUGUGGCUACACAAACUAGGAACUAUACCAAAAAUAGGCUACUAUAAACAGGGCGGACUGGCUAUAUGGGCAUUCGGGCUAAUGCCUGGUGGGGCCGUACCCAAAUGGGCCGGUAGGACCACCUAAAGGGCCUCAUGAAUGCCACCUUAAAACGUAUUAAAUUGUUAAACGUUUUAUCAUAUCCUCUUGUAAAAGGGGCCCUAUAAGCGUCGCGUUUAAAAAUAAAUCUUUUAGACUUUACAGUGUAAUGCUAAUUUAAUCUAACACUUUUUCCGAAAUAAUGUAAUAAUCUACAUCUGUAGACAGUGCUACUAGUAGGCUUCAUCCUUUUUAGGGCCCGCACUUUUAGCAAUUAAAAAACAACUACUAUAUUUCUUAUAAAGAUAUACAGUUCAUUGUAUGUAUGCGUUCAGUUAUCGAUACAUUAAUAAACUUAACAGAAUGAUUUUGAGGACUGGUAGACCUAGAAAUGGAUGUACAUCAUAUGAAAUACAAUUUCUGGGCCGGAUUGUAUAGAAUUGCUCGGGCCGACUUUUAACACCCAGUCCACCCCUGACUAUAAACACUGACCACGUAAUUCCCUUCGCCAACUAUGCUUACUAUUGCAUGUAUUUGCUGGGCUGGCCAUCAAGUUUAUCAUGGGCAAGCAACAUAGACCUCUGUUUUGUUCACUAUUGGCCAGCCAAGCCUACACUAUACUCGAUCAAUAUAAGCCUACUUUCGCAUACAGAGAUGUAGACAAAUAUAAAGAAACAUUGGAUGCUACUAAAUCUAUGGUAUUCCCAGAGAUUAACAAAGUUUCAACCUUCCAAAAGUAAGUCUCAUAAGCCUCGCAACACACAACAUUAAUUGAGCUUUAUAAUUGUCUUUUGUUUUAGUGUUUGUGUAUUUUAGCUUAAGGGUGAAAUUACCUCCCCUGUAUAGAUGUGCAUUUUGGUGAAAGCAAACAAAGGCUACUGUUCUCACUUUUUGUUCUCGAAGCGGAAGUAGAUUGCCCACUAACAUUGAGACAUUGUAUUUUUAGUUUCAUCCUCGUUUCUAGGAACUGCAUUUAAUCCUCUCUCUAAAUACCACGUGAUUGGUCAGUUAAAAACAUCUGACCACGUGAUUGAUCAAUUAGAAACAUCUGACCACGUGAUCUUGCAGUAAGAUACCACAUGAAUGUUGAGUUAGGUAACUCACAUAUCAUCAUUGUUUAUCUAGAUAUCAUUGACCACGUGAUUACAUAAUGUUAUCUGUACAUACAUAUAUCAUAUACUUACUUAUAUUACUUAUACAUAUUAUUCUAAAUAUGAUUUAUGUGAUAUUUCAAUAAAGUUUUUUUUUUCUGCCAAAGGUUAAAUAA